GUAGUAGCAGCGGCAGCGGCAGCAGCAAUAGCGGGCAGGGAGAAACCCCACGCAAAGCGAGCCCACCCUCCCCCUCCCCCAACACACACAUAGAGGGAGGGGGAAGAAGGAGGGAGGGAGGGAAGGAAGGAAGGAAAGAGGGAGGGAGAAGGGAGGGAGGGAGAGGGAGAGAGGGAACGAGGCAAGGAGAAGGAGGGAGGGCUACCGAGGAGGGUGUUUUCCUUUUCUCCCCCCCCCCUUUUUUUUGGAUUGCUCUCUCUCCCUCUGUCGUCGCUUGUUGUGGCUGUUAAAUUUUAAACUGCCAUGCACUCCGCUUCCAGUAUGCUAGGAGUCGUGAAAAUGGAAGGACACGAGCACACGGAGUGGAGCAACUACUACGGCGAGCCGGAGGUAAAUGGCAACUUCUGUCUGUUUGCGUGGGUGGGUGUCUCUCUCGCUCUCUCUGUUUGUGUGUGGGUCCCCCACCCAAUCCCCAAGCCUCCUCCUUCCGCUAAAAAACAGGACUCUCUCUCUCUCCCUCUCGCCCUCUUUUUAUACAACACUGUGUUAGCCUUGAGAUAAUAUUAACUUUGUGAUCAAAUAUUGACUUGCGAAGCCUCCAAAUCCUUUGCCAUGCCUAGCCGCGCUAUCCUAACAAAGUUGUGUUUGGCAGAGAGAGGUUGGGGGGGGGAGAGGAAGGGCGUUUGAGGGGGGAGCUAUAAGGAACCAAGGGAAGAGGGGGCGCAUUUAUUGCUCGAAAUCUCGCCCUGGGAGGGCUCGGAGUCUGGGGGCAAAUGAAACCCAAAGCCGGACAAGAAUUCUUUCUUGAAUGAGCGGAGCAAAGCUUUACGCACAAGCUCCUGCCGCUCUCCAGGUUGCGUGCCUCCUUCCUUUGCUCCAGAAAACAGCCGGGUCUUGACAACCGAGAUCUUUUCCCUCCUUGAGUCAAAUCACAUUUCAGGUUCCCUCCUGGAGCCGUCAGCCCCAUUUUUACCCUUGGAUUUUGAACAGAGCCCCCACGCCGAUUUCCAUGGCGUUUAAUUCUGCCUAGGGCUGAGGUCCUGACCCCCAAGUGAUUUCGAUGCAAUCCUCCCCCGCAGUAAAGAAACAAAGUUGUCGGAAGAUCACGACGGAUAUUCCCUAGUCAGUGUAUGAGAAAUUCGGGUUGAAAUCGAAUCCUACCGAAACGAAACACAAAUUCUAUCCAGUCGUUUUGAUGGAUCCGGCUUCUGUUGGGUUAAGAAACUAUAACACAAGUGACUUGGGAAGUAAAUUGCAUUGAAACCCAAGAGAAUCGCUAAGGAUUGGAAACCGAAAGGCUUCGGGGGAGUCAGAUAUGGGGGUCUGAGGCUCUAAUCCUCUGCGCGCUUAGCUGGGGGUGAGUCCCGCGAAACACAGUGGGGUUUACUUCUGAGUAAGCAAGCAUAUGAUUGCACGGUUAGACCGGGAAAGUGUGUGCGGUAGAGAGCGGGCUUGCUUUCUGGUAGAUUUGCAUUAGCAUUUGGGUUUUAACAGGAACAAUUCCCCAGUCAACGAACAAGGAAAUAUUUUAAACACCCACCUGGGUCCUCCUUUUCUUCCAUCGCAAUAAGAAACACGUUACUUGGGCAAAGGCUCAUUAAAGCCAACGGGAAUUUUUAAAAUGAGGGUGCAGGAAUACUGUUAUGACCAGACUGGUCGACUUUCUCCUGUGGCAUUAAGGUCCAGAUCCUAACAGGUGUUGUUGUUGUUGUUGUUGUUGUUGUUUUGUAUGUCAUCGAUUUCACUGGGACCUGUAUCAGCUUAGCGCAUUUGGGAUCCAAGUUUGCAAUGCUUGAACCCCUCUCCUAACCAUAGACACGGUCGAGUCUAAGUUAGGCGCCCCCCCUGCCCCUUUUAAAAUUGUAUUUGGAGAGAUUUACAAGCCGAUCCUCUCCCGUGUUUAAGGUAAAGAUAAAGGGACCCCUGACUACUAGGUCCAGUCGUUACCGACUCUGGGGUUGCGGCGCUCAUCUCGCUUUAUUGGCCAGGGAGCCGGCGUACAGCUUCCGGGCCGUGUUUACUCGGAUGUAAAUCUGACCGGUUUCAAUUUAACUGCCCCCCAGAUUCAAGCACCUGCUGUAGCCUUCCAUUUAAAUUCAAGGGGCCCAAGAGUGCCUGGACCACGUUCACUGGGGCGCUGGGUACUUUCACCUUCCAGCAUUGUAUCACACAGACUCCGAAGGAGACCGUUACACCAAAGAAAGCUCCCUCGAAAUGCGCGGUGGUUGGGGCUGAGGGCUGGGUUGCCCACGAUCCCGUGGCCAGGGAGUUGGGGGUCUCGGGUGGGACGACCCGUGGGCCACCUCCACUAACCGCUGGGCUCCCCGCUCUUGUCGCCUUUGCAGGGUUACUCCACCAUGAACGCGGGGCUGGGCAUGAACAGCUACAUGAGCAUGCCAGCCAUGGGCACGGCGGGCAACAUGACGACGGUGGCGUCCGGCGGCUCCAUGGGCAUGUCUUACGCGGCCGGCCCGGCGGGCAUGAACCUCUCUCCGGGCGCGGGGGCCAUGGCCAGCAUGGCGGCGCACCUGAGCCCCAGCCUGAGCCCGCUGGGCGCGCAGGCCGGCUCGAUGGGGGGCGCGCUGGGCGCUUACUCGGCGCUGAGUCCCGUCGGGGCCGGCGGCAGCGGCGCGUACGGGCAAGCGGCGGGCCUGGGCCGCUCCCGCGACGCCAAGAGCUAUCGCCGGAGCUACACGCACGCCAAGCCGCCUUACUCGUACAUCUCCCUCAUCACCAUGGCCAUCCAGCAGUCGCCCAACAAGAUGCUGACGCUGAGCGAGAUCUACCAGUGGAUCAUGGACCUGUUCCCUUUCUACCGGCAGAACCAGCAGCGCUGGCAGAACUCCAUACGCCACUCGCUCUCCUUCAACGACUGCUUCCUCAAGGUGCCGCGCUCGCCGGACAAGCCGGGCAAAGGCUCCUUCUGGACUCUGCACCCGGACUCGGGCAACAUGUUCGAGAACGGCUGCUACCUGCGGCGCCAGAAGCGCUUCAAGUGCGACAAGCCGCCGGGCUCCAAACAGCAGCAGCAGCAGAAUCAGGGCGCCUCCCCUGCUUCGUCCGCGGGAGCCCCGUCGCAAGGUAAGAAGGCGGCCUCGCAGGCGCCGCAGGAACGCGACCUGCCCAACGGGGCUCCGGAAUCGCCGCACUCCAGCGCCUCCCCUUGCCACGAGCACAAGCGCGCCCUAGCCGACCUGAAGGGCCACCCGGAGCCCGCCCCGUCGCCGGCGCAGCAGCAGCACCUGCUGGCUCAGCAUCACGCCCACGCGGGGCUCUCCCACGAGGCGCACCUCAAGGCGGAGCACCAUUACGCCUUCAACCACCCCUUCUCCAUCACCAACCUGAUGUCCUCCACAGAGCAGCAGCAGCAGCAGCACCCCCACCAUCCGCACCAUCCGCACCAGCACCACCCCCACCCGCACCACCCGCACCACCCGCACCACAAAAUGGACCUCAAAGCCUACGAGCAGGUGAUGCACUACAGCAGCUACGGCUCGCCGGUGCCCGGCAGCCUGGCCAUGGGCUCCGUCACGAACAAAAGCGCCCUGGAGACCUCGCCCUUGGCCGGAGAUGCCUCCUAUUACCAAGGGGUCUACUCCAGGCCCAUCAUGAACUCUUCCUAAAGGGCACCCCACCCUUCGGCUCUGCCCACCCCCUAAGGGCCAAUGCCCUCUUUCUCUCCCCAGGACAAACCCGAGACUUCUCUGGGCAGGAGGAGAUUUGAGAUAUGAUGUAGACUUUGGAAAGAAUCCAAACGGUGCCCAAAGCCAGGUCAGUUUAUUCCACGGCGUCGCCUCCCGAUCCCAAUCCGUAUCCAAAGCCCAUCGGACUCAAACAAUCCGGUGGCCUCCACCCACUACCUGGGAGCUCCGGCGCCUUUGUAUCAACUAAAGAUUCUCUAGCCCUAUUUUUUAAAUGAAAAAGACAACUUUCUACGAGGAGCGCACUGACCCCACCUCUCCCGCGCACCACUUUUGGCAAAGAAUCCUGGACUUCGCGCCCCGCUCCUAGUUUAGAAAAGGCUCCCGUAAUAUUUAAUCGACGUUUGCUGUUGUGUAAUUUAAAGCUCCUUUUUCUUCUACUCUUUUCUCGCCGGCGUCGGGAAAACAGGAUUGAUCUCCAACAACCGUGGGGCGUGGAAAACAUCCAGUUCCGCGGGCUCUUGACCACCGUCACUUUUCUUCAGACACCGAUUUAAAUUUUAUUUGAGUUGGAGGUUUCCUUUUAGGAGUCUCCUUGUCUGUUUCUUUAUUUUGUUUGUUGCGGGGAGUUAUAAAUAUAUCUAUUUUUGGGUGUGAAAGUGACACAGAAAUAAGUGUGUGUGUGAACAGGUGUUAGAUUUCAAAACUGAGGAUCAAAAAGACUGUAGCGUUGUGAACUCGGGGGAGGGGGGUACCCAAAAAUGGACUUUAGAUUGUAAUUUGACACAGGAAGUUUUGAUGUUACCGGGAGAGUAAACGACUCCGAUCGAAUUAAUUUAUCGUUUUUGUACGCUUUAUUUAUGGUUUAUAGAUGUGUAUUCUGGUAAGGACCGACCAAAUUCUCACAAACCAUAUAUUAAAUUGCUGUUGGAGAUUCCCCCCCCCUUAACUUAAACAAUAAUACCUGUCUGUUAUUUUCCAGUAUAAUGCAAAGAGAUGCGGGAAAGAUAACGAACUAAUUUUAGCUCUUGAUAUUGCUUGCCAGUGGGCUUACUGUGCUUAGAGUAGGCCCCUUCCAAGAUGGCCUGUAUGAAUAACAUGCGUAUUUAAAAUGCACAUAUGAACCUGGAGUAUCAUGUUUCAUACAUCAUCAAAACUUGUUGGCACGCUUACCAUUCCACGUCUAAACUGUGAAUAGGACUGCAACCUUACUCCCAAAUAUACACUUUAUUCUCAAGUAAAGACAGAGCUGAAUCUAUGGUAAAUCUUUGCCUGAUAUGCACUAGAUUCACAAGCAGUUUGGUUUCAGACUCCCAACUGUUUAGCAAAAAUACUUCCCGCUUCGUCCAAAGUAAACUGCUGAAAUGAAGGGGGCUGGGGGCUUGUUUUGGGGUUGUGCGAAAGGACUGUGAGCUCAGCUCAGUUCUGAUACUGCAGACCAACUUCUAGGCCCAGAAUGGGCUCAGAGGCACUAGAAUCUGGUUGGUAGAUCUUGAGAUUCUAGUAAAAAGCAAAAUAGAUCAGAAAAGCCUAAAGUCUGCCAACUCCCUGAGUUGCAGCCCAUGGAAGUCCUAGGGCAAGUCGGACUGAAAAUAGGGGCUUUCUUGUCGGCAGAGGUUGGACAAAAAAAAUACUCCAGCCUUGUAAUGGGUUGAACUAGAUGACCCACGUGGUCCCUUCCAACUCUACAAUGCUACGAUUCUGUGACUGGGUUGUUAGGCUCUCAGUCGAGGCCUAUAUAUAUAGAUGCUGCCUAUUCUAUGUAUGUAUAUUAUUGCUUUGCCUACUUGACUUUAAAUAUUGCUUUGUUUAUUUGAUCCUGUGAACAUUACUUGAUAGGAAAACCCAUCGGUUACCUUACACAUUUGCAAUCGGGCAGGCUCCCAUGAGUUAUACUUGCCUAGACAUCCCCGCUGACUCCCGUCCACGACUAGGAUUGCAACCUCUGUUAAAAGGGGUAUUCUCGACAUCUGAGCAUCAUGAUAAUAGUGGAAUCAUUUACAUAAUAGCACAGUAUUCAGCCAAAGUAUUUUUAUGACUCAUUGAUUUCACUUAUAAUGUUAACCGCAUAUCUCAUUCAAUCUCCGGUCUUAAAAGUGCUUCAUCUUUGACUGUACCUGAUAUUCAGCCUCGCGUUCCACACAAUCGCAGCCAAUAUAGCAAUCCUGAAGUACAACUACUAUUAAAGCCACAUUAUCAUACUCCACGCGGGAGGUGGCGGCUUGAAAAGCAUAAAUCAUUGGUUUCAGUGGGUCUACUCUUGAGUACGAGGAACGUUGACUAUCACCCACCGAGACUACUCUUGCCUUUCAGAAUGAACUGAGUGUGGCUUGCUAGAACCUUUCUCUGCAUCAGAGAAAGCGCGUGAAGCCUCAAGUGCCUAGUGGAAACCAAAACACGCCUGGUUGGGUUAAGAGUUUCGGGACUUUUAAAACAAAUUGGUUAGAUGGACUCGAAUUCUAGCUUCUUUUUCUUUAAAGAUUUGGGUUCUAGCUUACUUGAAACGCAGUUAGCAAGAAGGACGGCUUUAGCCUAAUGCUGGGCAAUUCGGAAGUUGUUUGAAAGCUCGCUGCUCCUAUAUUCCUCCUCUUCUGUCCGCCCUCCAGAGCCGUAUUCACUGAGAAGGCCUGUCUUCUUCCUCUAAGUCGUCUUUGGAUAAACUUCGGGGCUCCUCUUUGGAGACUCUUAGCGACGCGAGACCAGGGAUGAGUAAAUGGGAUUCCAAACAGUCCCCAUCUUGCUCAUGCAGAAAUCUGCGCACAACACACGCGCAACAGUGACAACACAUACACACGAGAGGCCUUGCCUGUGGCAGGAGCUGGUCAGAAGGCGAAGGGGAGUUACGAGCUUCCUUUCGCUUGCCGAGUCCAAAUGAAAGUCAGUCGGCAGAGUGGAUUUUCUCGACUGACUACAAGCACUCUCGCCCAGUCCUGUGGUGGACGGUGGUGGAUCUCGAACCAGUUCUUCAAAGGCAGCCAACUAUAUUCUUCCCUUUCACACCGAUCCUGAAAACAGUUGAAAACGGUAAGUUUAACUUCGGAGUAUUGUAAGAAUUUAAUUGAUUUUCAGUGAAACUGAUGCGCGUCACCUUAUGCAUAUUUUACUCAGGAGUAAGGUCUUCAAUGGCUUUUGAAUAUCUUAUGAUACUUACUUGGAAGUAAGACCUAUUGAAUUGCGGAGGACAUACUUCUGAGUACGCGCGCUACGCGUUGUGCCGCACCUCUAGCCAGGCUACAGCGCCAUUGCUCAGAAGGCUCAUCCGGAAGGAAGACAUUUGAUGCUAGCUCCCCCAUAGGAAGGGGGUUUUUGUGUUGGCCUUUCGAGGGCAUAGCUUAGCAGGAUCUCAAAGACGCAGCACUGAGCCUGGUUAGGAGGAGGAAGGCUUCCAGCGAAGGCUCACUGGAUGGGGAAUCGAUCCACUUGGAAUAAACGGGGCAUCCUUCCCAAGAAGCAGGUGUAGGGUUCAUGGUCAGUUCAUGGGAACUAACCUCGGUUGAAUCCCAAGGUUUCCAACUAGACUCAGGUAGAGAAGAUUACCUGGCCAACGGAAGUCAAACAAAACCUCGUUUCUUAUUUAUUAUUAUUUACUACAUUCAUAUGCCACCUUGUCCUCCAAGGAGCUCAAGAUGGUGAGCAUGGAUCCCCCCCCCCCUUUAGCCACACAACAACCCUGUGAGGCAGGUUAGGCUGAGUGGGAGUGGCUGGCCCAAGGUCACCCAGGGAGCUGAGGAUUCUGGCCCUGGUCACCCAGGCUAUCGUCCAAGGCACUCACACUCCGGACCCCAAACGGCAGAAACCGCCGGUGGCGCAUAACUCAAUAGUUUAACCCCAGCCCUCUAGCAGAACUUUAGAGUUUCUAAAGCAGUUCACAUAAUACUCUGUCUUGUAAUCCUCACACCAGCCUGGCAAGGUAGGUCAGUAUUAUCCUAACAUCACAAGUUGCCACUUAAGGAAUUCAGGGCAGAAAUAAGAGGGGAGGUCCUCAUCCCUACCUCAGGCUGCUCGGAUAUGAGCACUUACCGGGGAGUAAGGUCCACUGAAUGUCAGGUAAUUCGCUACCGAAUAAACACCUAUUGGUUGAGGGUUUGGUUUUUUUUGUUUCUUUUUCUUUUUUGCUAGCCACUGUGCUCUUGCCUCUGCCACAUCUGUAGGGCGCGAGACUGAUGUUCUGAGACAUUUCACUUGGAGCGCGAACAAAAGGAUUUCAAAAGGAUGCAAAAUCGGGCAGCCUAAUGGAUGGAUCCACAGAGCGUACGGAAACCUUUACUCAGACGUCUACUUAGAAGUGAAGGAUUGGCUUUGAUUCCGUUCAUCAUGUGACGACUUGCAUGUGCGGACUGUGGCCUCCACUCGGACCACAGCAACUCUUUCUUACCACCUCAAAGAUUCCAUUACAUGCAUUCAGGCAAGCGCUUGCGUGAACCCAGUUGAGAUCUUCUUCCAAUGCUCCCUGACUGGAGCUCAGAUUAACAAAGGUUCUAAGCACAGUUACUCAAAGAGAGCGCCACUAAAUAUCAUCGUCUACAAAUAAGUGUCCUUUAAAUCAGUGGGACUUGUUCCCAGAUCAGUAGGUGAGUUUUUGAAGCCUUGGUCCCUGCAGUCUUUAGAGUUGCAAACUUAUUUUAAGAGAGAGAGAAAGAAGAAGCCCUCUCCUGAAUUUGGUGAAACGUUCUUCACGUGAAUAAAUACGAUUUAGGACAAGGUGCUAUUUUAAUACACAAUUGGCAACGUUUAUCCCCUUCCCACAGAACAGCCCGACCCCAUUCGUGGAGUUCAUUGGGACUUACCAGAAAGUCUUGCUAGGAUUGUAGCCCAUCCUGCCCUUUGCAUGUUUGUUCAGAAGUUAGUCUGAACGCCAUCAGAAGAAACAUGCAUAGAAUUUCAGUUUUUAACGGAAAUGAGUCGUCCUCCGAGUAUUUAGGCUUAGGGCGCCGCGUAAAUUCAUUCAAGAGAGCGCUUCGCACAAUGCAGUUCUGCUGAACGUUUGCAUUCCAAUCCUACAUAUGUCAAAUCCCACUGAGUUCAAUGGGUCUUCCAGGUAGGUACCGGUAAUUAUAGGGCUGGGAGUCUAAAGGUGGUUGGUUAAAGUGGGAUGUAUAAACAGAACAUGUGGCUUUUAAACCGGAUAUGUUUAGGAUCCGGAAACUCAUUUCGCAGGGGGUCAUUUGCUGCACGAAUAAAUGGAUGGGAAGCAAAUGAGAGCUCUAUAGCAGCCUUCCAGCUUCCUCCGGAGUGCAUUCUGAAAGAUCAGUAUCCGAUUGCGUUCUCGCUAAAGGUUGUUUCAUAUACAACACUCACUUGCAGGUGAAAUCCUUCCCUGACAAAUGUGUGGGCGUCGGAUUUCCCCAUGCCAAUCAUGGCUCGACUUUGGGACGAGACAGUGAUGUGUGGCGCACAAGAGAGAACGAACAUAGAACUAUUUCAGAAAAAGCAUCUCCUUCCCAGGACUUGGAAGCUACAUCUCUGCUUGGAAGUAAUUCUCAUGGAAUUUAAUAAGAUCGCCUUUUGGAAAUAAUCGUCUUCUUCGUCAGAAAGUGGGGAGGACAGCUUCAUAUUUGCGAACCUCUGCAAAUCAAACACCACAGAUUUAACUUUCCUAACCCCUGGAAAUGUACCUCUAUGGUGCCAGUCGAGACACACCAGCGGCUGGUGUUCCAGUAGUCUUCCAUAGUCUUCAAGUCGACUAUGCAUAAAGUCUGCUCUUAGCCUGUGGAGGAUUAUGACCCUCUUCUAGAAAAUGCCAUUGGGAGUAAGUCCCACUGGUUUUACUCCAAUCCAAAGCCUGCUCACACUUUUGCAGUACCACCAAAUGUGACAGCACCACGUGGAUCCAGGUUGUUCUAGUGUACAUCUCUAACAUACAGAAUCAAGUAAUUUACAGAUUUCCACCGCCAUCACUUUUUAACUUGUGUGGAGUCAAAUUUUCAUUUGCCCUAACCUCCCUAAAUUAUUAUGAGCCACCCUGGCAUAAAUAGACAAAUAAUAACCUGUAAUAGUUGUUUGUUUUCAGCUUCCAAUGCAGACAGAACAAUAUACAGUACAUAUAUAUGCCAGUAAACUUUCUGGGGAGUAUGCCCCUACUUGUUUUAAUUGACAUCUUGCUCAUCAUUAAUCAAAUUUGUAUACUCCUCUGCUUCCAAAGAUCACAGGGCACUUCACAACAUGAAAAUACAACAUGAAAAUACAAAAUACACAAUAAAACAAACAAGAACAAAUAAGCGCCCCCUCCCACAAACACAUUUUAAAAAAACAUAGAGUGUUAAUAAGCCCAAGGCCUGGUUGAACAAAUUAUUUCCAGUGAGGUGAUGACCAACUUCUUCUAAGUAACUCUGCAGUAAAGUUGACUGUAAAGGAGAAUUUGGCAGACCUUCAGUGGCUUAACCCAGUUGGUGCACAGGUUCCCUGUUUUGGGGAAGAUUUGACAUUUGAGUACUUCAGUUUUACUGCUGGAAUUUUUGACUAAAUGCAAAGCUGGUGUAAAUGACUUGACACCAUGAACCCAAACUUGAGAAAUACUGUAACACAGCUGCAUUUAAACAAAACAAAAACCGGCCCAUAAAACCACACCCGGCCCUCAUAAAUGUAGCCUUCCUGGGUGCUCCAGGCCUACCUGGAUGGCUGCAGCAAGCCAUACCUUGUCAGGAAAGUGCCACUCUUACCUGGAUGCUAGUUUGUGAAGUGUUGUAUUUCCACCUGUGUAGUUGUUUGCCCAAAUUUAUAGAUAUUGAUCUAUAGAUGUGGGUACAUGUAAGGUAACAGUUAGAAAUAUCGUGAAUCCUGAUGUUCAGAAGAAUGUCUUAGGACUGUAGAAGGCCUAGCCUGAAAUCUGAGAAAUAAACUUUUUUUUUUUUUACAUUUACUCCAACAACCUGGUUAUUGCUCUUUUACCAUGAAAGGGAUGAAGGGAACAUUCAGACUGAAGACUACUAGUAAAUUUCUCUUCUGCCCUAAUAUUUGCUUGUCUAUCUGUCAUAUCAUAUCAAAACUUUGGUCAUCUGCACCUUAGUGAUCACACCUCUCUCGACUCUUCCCUCUACAGGCCUCAGAUUCAAUCUGCAGGAGGCGACGCGAUUGCUUUUUGAAAUCCAAAAAUAAAUUAAAAUGUGAUCGCCAGUAUUUUUCUCAAGGGC